AUGUCGGAGCAGGAACUGGAUGCAACUGUGAUAAAGGCCACGCAGCAAAGCCUGGGCAAGUGGAUCAAGAAGCCUCCGCUGACAGAGAAACUGCUGCGGAAGCCUCCGUUUCGCUACCUCAUGGACAUCUUUACAGCGUUUAUUAAGGAAACGGGUUGCUUUGAGGGUCUCUAUACGCCGGAGGAGCAGCUGUUCGAGAACAUCAAUGAUCGCAAUGAUAAAAUGCGAUUUCUGCAAAAGAUGAUUGAUGCCACAAAACUUACCACAAAGCAGGAUUUGAAGGUGCGCACCUCUAAAAUUGUGGCCGGGCAUGAGCCGAAGCUGACCAAUGAGCUGUUGCAGGCUAUGGCCAGCAUAAUGGAACAGCGUCUGGAUUGGCAUGAUGCAGUGCAGCAAAUCUUGGCCAACGAGACCGAUAAGCCGAAGCCAGUUAAGGCCAAGGAAGUCAAAGCGAGCAGCAAACAAAUCUCACCAACUGCCAAGGACCAGCCCAUGGCACGAAAGGAGAAGCGCAUUUCACCUCAGGAGCAGAAGCUGCGCAAGGCAACGGAGCAGGCGACCCAAGACAAGGAAAAGAAGCCUCAACGUCGGCAGAAGCCCUCACCGGAGGCAGAAGCCAAGUCCAAGUUGAGCCGGCAGGGCUCCAAGAAGACCCCAUCGCCCGUGAAGCCCCCAACAAAAGUCAAACAAGCUUCGACAGACAGUGAAGCAAAGUCCAUGUCGCCGGCACCGGCUGCAACUGCUGCAACCGCUCCACCCGCUACUCCAGUUGCAGCUCCGACAGAUGUUCCCAAACCUGUCAAGCAGCCAUCGCCUGUUGCCUCCCCCAAACCUACUAGGCCCUCACAGAGUCCCUUGCCCAAGGCUCAACAGCUGCCAGCUGAGCCCGCGGAGCCGGAAAGUCGCAAAUCCUCUGGCAAAAGUCGACGCUCUAGUGCCAGCCAGCGAACAGUCCCGCCCGAGCCGGAGGCUCCAGUGGCCAGCAACGAGGCUAGCGAACAGAGCCAGGCCUCCACUGUGCCAGUCUCUGACUCCAAUAACAACAACAACAGCGAAGUCAAGCGAGAAGGCACCUUUACGCGUGAGAACUCGAAGGAAUCGAACGGCUCGAUAACUCGGCCGCGCACGUCGUUGCGUCCGCCAAGUGCACGUCCAGCCUCGGCACGGCCUGGGGCACCAAGGCGUCGCAAUGUAGAAAUUGUGCUGCAACCGAAUGACCAGUUGAAGAUGUCCGGGAUCAAUGUGAAGCUGGAGACCUUUGGCGAUUUCGAUGAUGAUGGCGAGAACUUGGUGGUGAUCGAGGAUGCCAAUGCGCAUGACAUAGAUGCGGGCACAGCCGAUGCCCAACUGGAUAUGGAGGCUCAGCAGCAGGGCCAGGGCCGACUGGUUCAACAGAUACUCGACACUCAGAAGGAGCUGGUGGCAGGACAGGUAAGUGAGCCGGGCAAGGAGGAUGCCCAGCAAAAAGCGCCAUCGGCAGGCACGGGCCAGAGCUCGGCCAGGCAAAUGAACGAUCUGCGAGAUAUUAUACAGACACUGACCAAGUCCGUGAAUCCGCUGGGCAAGCUGUUGGACUUCAUACCCGAGGACAUCGAUGCCAUGCAGCUGGAGCUGGGCAUGUGGCGGGAUUCCUACAUCCAAGCAGCAGCUGAGCUAAAGCGGGAGCGAAGCCUCACGGCCUCCGCCACGGAGCCCAUGAAGCAACAGCUGCUCUCCAUCGAGGCCAGCAUUGGCGAGUACAAGGACCUGGUCGACGAGAGUCGUCAAAAGAUUCUGCAGAACAAUGAGCGGCUGCUCAGAAUGCUGAUGGAGCAAUGAUAAAAUAUACAAUCAUAUACGAGGGUAGCUUCAACUUUUUCCGACUACCCGCAUAUAACAGAAUAUACUAGUUUAUGAUAGUUUUAAGAAGUGUUAUAAUG